AUGCUUUGUUUCUUGUUUCUAAUAAGCACAUUGGCGACACAGCCAGGGGAAUUUGACACAUUAAGCAACUUUUAUACUGAGUUGGCAGGCAACGAAUGGGUCAAAAAUACGAAUUGGUUGAAUGAAAAAGUAGAUGUCUGCGACUGGUAUGGUAUCACAUGUGACAAAGAUGGGUAUGUUUACCAAAUCACCCUAUCAAGCAACAAUUUGGUCGGAGUUUUACCAAAGCUUUCUGGUCUAACAAAAUUAUAUGCUUUGGUUAUAGACAACAACCAAGUCUCUGGAUCAUUAACUGCACUUAAUGGGCUCUCUCUGUUCGAGGCAAUUUCAAUUAAAAACAACAAAUUCAGUGGCUAUGCCAAUGCCGAAGGGACAAUAUUACGAUUUUUCCAUGCUGAUAACAAUCAGUUUGACGACAUCUUAUAUUUGGUAAAGAACUGUCCAUUGCUUGAAGUUAUUGGUUUAACUGGAAACAAAGUGAUGACAAUUCCACGUUCAAUUAAUACUUUAAUUCACCUCAGAACACUGUCUUUAGGCUCAAACAGCAUCACAUCAGAGAUCCCUCCACUGACCAAUUUAGUCAAAUUGGCUACCAUCGACUUGAGUAAUAAUCAGAUUGUUGGUGCUAUCCCAGAGUCUUUGGGAUCUCUUCCAAGCAUAGUCGAGAUCUUGUUGGGCCACAACAAGAUCUCUGGCAAGCUUCCUUCCAGUUUAUUUAGUGGCAAGUCGUUAGUGUUAAUAGACCUUUCCAAUAAUGAUAUCACUGGUGACUUAAGUCCUAUGAAUUAUUCCCCUGUUGUCACUUCCGUCUACCUCAAAAACACGCAAGUCAGUGGUAAAUUGCCGGAAUUGAUAGUUUCAAGUGUGCAACUCUUAGACGUCAGAGGAACACAAGUGUCAUGCCCAGUGCCUUAUAUGUAUAGAGAACGAGUUUUAGCGGAUUGCCCUGCUUUAGUUACAGUGACUUCACAUGGUAUGUCGAAAUGCCCGGACUUCGAAAAUUUGGUCAAUGGUGCUUUGUACCCAAUGUUAGAGCAAAUUGGCGAUAUCAUCGAUUUUAAGUUCGGAUGGAUCAUAACAGAAAACACGGAGUAUCCAACAGGGUAUUACUCAAUGCACGGAAACACUGAAGUCCAAGGCGACUUCAUGUUCUCAUGCGUCAAUGCACUCUACAACUCUUCAAAAGCUAUGAGCUUCUAUCAAUGUUUGAGUUCAAGUUUGGACUCAGUCCCACUCGACUUCACUUUGUGCGCAGAACAUCAAAGACUUGACCCAAUUGCUAUUACAAAGUGCACAAAUGACGCGUAUGGAAAACAACUGAUUAAGGAUGGUAUGGACGACGUCAAGAGACUCGGUUCAACGUGGUCACCUACCGUUUAUAUCAAUGACAAGUUGUACUGUUUGUACGACUCAUCUCCAUGCGGUGCUGCAACUAUUGAAGAUUGGAUUAGGGACGUCUGCAAGGAAUAUAAGGGCGACAAAAAGCCUGAAGCGUGUGGCAAUAAUUGA